GACGUUUUCGCCUUUUGAUCAUUCCACCACCGCUUACCUCGUGCCAGAACAGCACCCCUAACUCAUAACCCAGCUCAGACACCACCUAUCAUACCUGCCUCUCUAUCUGUUUACCGUACCCGUCGAGCACGAAAGGUCCACCGAGUUGGCAGACAGACGGACCAGCCCAACGCCGUGAAUACCCGUUCUCGACGAUAAGAAAAGGUCACCGCCACGGGUACAAAUAAGUCCUCGCCCCUUCCGUAUCUUUCUCUUCUCCUCGUUUAUCCCAAUUUACCCCUUCCGGUCUGUGCAUAGGAAUAGCGAGGAAGGAGGCGAGCAAACUGCGAGAGCCGCAAGCAAAGGGUGAAAGAAUGUCCGAAGCAACAGCCCCCGGCGCCGACGCUGCUGUUCCUAUCCACUCACAGCAGCACAGCAAUGCCCCGCCCGCCCGCAAUCGCAGUGAGAACAAGCAGAGCUUCGACUAUAUUAUCCGCAGCGGUAUAGCUGGUGGUGUCGCCGGUUCCGCCGUGUGUCCUCAUCCUCUCCCCCUCUCCCCUGCUCAUCCACUAACAUUCACUGCAACAGGCCAAAACCCUAAUAGCCCCACUCGACCGCGUAAAAAUCCUCUUCCAAGCCUCUUCCCCGGCCUUCACGAAAUACACAGGUACCCCUUUUGGCGUGCUCCGCGCCAUCUCCACUAUCCAGAAAUCCUCCGGUUACACCGGCCUCUUUCGUGGCCACAGCGCAACCCUGCUGCGAAUCUUCCCCUACGCCGCUGUCAAGUUUAUCGCAUACGAGCAGUUCCGUGCGUACCUGAUAAAGUCCCCCGAUCAGGAGACUGUGCUGCGACGUCUAGCCGCCGGUGCUGCUGCCGGCACCGCUAGCGUGUUUGCCACCUACCCGCUCGAGGUCAUACGCGUGCGACUGGCGUUCGAAACAAGGGUAGAGGAGAAGAGCUCGCUGAGGGGUAUUGUUAAGAGGCUUUGGCGGGAGGGGGCUGGUGGUGUCGGUGGAUUUUAUCGCGGUUUCGGGCCUACGGUUCUUGGUAUGCUGCCGUAUGCUGGCAUGUCCUUCCUCACGCACGACAUCGCGGGGGAUUGGCUAAGGCGGCGAGGAUACGUUAGCCUCCCCAAGGAGGGCACGAAGCACCAUAGCGGGAAGAAGCAAUUGAAGGCGUGGGCCCAGUUGUGCGCUGGUGGCUUUGCAGGCAUGGUUAGCCAGACGGCGAGUUAUCCUCUCGAAGUCAUCCGCAGGAGAAUGCAAGUCGGUGGUGCCGUCGGCGACGGCAGGGUCGUUGGCAUGCGUGAGACCGCUAGGGAUAUUUGGCGUGGGGGUGGAGUUAGAGGUUUUUUUGUAGGGUUGUCGGUACGUCCUACCAAAUUUUUUUCUAAAUGGGUGGAGUGGACUAAUGUGCCUUGGGUGGGUAGAUUGGAUACGUGAAGGUUGUGCCGAUGGUCGCGUGGGUUCUUCCUCUUCUAGCUUGCGCCUAUCUUGACGUGGGUCGAAUUGUGCUAACGAUGGCUGUAUUGUUAGUACUUCGUUCUUUGUGUACGAACGGUCAAAGACAUUUCUUGGGAUCCCAUAAUCCCUUCCCCCCCCCCCCGUUUUUUUUUUAUUGUUAAUAGUAUAUUUCCUACACAAUGCUCGAUAACCUCCUUCAGUUGCUUUUCUUUCUAGAAGUUAUAAGAUUUUUGACCCUUUU